GUAAUCAAUCGCUGCCACACUAGUUCCUCACGUGAUCCUCCACAGACACGUCAUAUGGGGUCUCGUUUUAUACUUUGUAUCACGCGCGAGUUUUACUGUACAACUCAUAGAAAUCAUUCUAGAAUAGGUCGGACGAACGCGAAGAAUUUGGGAAUGGUGAUCCUUUGGUUUCCAUGGAGAAGUUCCAUGUGAGAAGAGUGGAUCGGAGUGCACACCUUGAACGUAUCUGAUUAAGUUCUCGUUUCUCAAUUCAUCACGCCGGUGUAACCGUUGUAUAAAGUUUAGGCCUUAUGUAUCCUUCGAUAUAAAGCAGUUGACACAAUGUAUCAACUAUCAAUAAUUUGAUGGUGUAUCGAGUUAGCCCAAGCAUCGGUAGAGAAUGAACCACAGCAGAAACGUUGAUACGGCGGUAUGGAGCCAGGAUGCUCUGACGUCUACCAACGUGAGCCUUACAAAUGACAGCAAGCGAAAAAAAAAGAGAAAGCACAAAAAAGAUAAAAAGAAGAGUGGUUCGACGAGAAGAGGACCGAGCUCGCCUUCAAACUCCGAUGAUGCAGCAGCAGAUAAACUCACCAACACUGAGCAGCAACAGGUCGUCAAAGGCUCCUCCACACGGUCCAAACCCACCCUGAAGAGCUCCAACAGCAAAAAGACCAAGGCCAGAAGUCUGACCAGCCUCCGCAACAAUAAAUCCCAGCGAGAGGCAAUGAAACACGAGGAAACGUUGACAAGGCCAGACACUGGUACCCACCAAGCCCCACUGUCAUGGGACCAGGCUGGCCAGAACGACCCAGCCAGGGAGAGCCUGAGGUGGGAUGGAGUUUUGGAGGAUCCGGUGGCCGAGGCAGAGAGGAUAGAGGUGUACAAGGCCAACCGGAGGAAACGGUACCUGGCCUCACAGCAGGGGGUGAUGGACUAUUUGGGCUUGUUCAAGGGACACUUGGAGAGCAGUAGUGCCAUUACACACAAUAUCUAGGUGGGGCUGUUUUCACAUGAAUAAAUCUAUAGGUUUUAUGUGCAGUACCUUCUCUAUCCUGCAGAUGGCAUAGCAGUCAAUCUGAGAUGGUGGAACAUUGUAAUUGCAACUUUACUCAAAUAGUGGCAAUUUAAAAAAAGGCAUAUCCCUAAUUGAUAACCAAAAGAUAAAAUCCUGAUAAGACUAUUUUGAAUUUGCUUAUGGCAUUGGAGUACAUAUCAAAUAAUUGUAACACUUCUCAAAUCUGAUAUAAAACAGUUGGUCUUUAUUUCAAACAAACACUAUAAAAACAGAGCUUUAAAAGCGAAAUCAUUUUACUUCAAUAAGGCCCUUUGGGUAUCUCAAGACAGUUCAGGUCCUCUAGAUGUGUAUCCUUGUAGGACCUUGAGGGAAGUUACCUGUGUUUGGUAGCCUAAUAGUAAUCUAUUACGCUACCAAAAUGAGUUUAUUAGCAUCAAAUAAAUGCAUAACUAAAUUAAACCUCUGGAAGCAACCAGAAGAGGAUAGGCAGAUUAUGGACAGUCCAUAAGGUGUUAGUAAGAACAAGACUUCACUAUUAGGAAAAUACAAAAACUUUAUAACUGAAAACAAUAAUGACACAUUUGAUAAUCUCUCGCUACUCAUUACCAACUAAUACAAACUUCAAUUUGCAAUGGUCUGUGGGAAGAAAAAUGUCCCAACUUUCAACACAGAACUUGCAACUCUUUCACACAAUAUGAAAAAAGCUGUGGCUUUCUGCUCCAUGACCAUACUUACAGUAGACAAUGUUGGUUUAGGCAAGACUUAGAUGGGGUUUGGUGUUACACCAGGAUCAUACAUCUCUAUACAUGGCUCGGUGUUACACUAUCCAGGAAUAUAUAUUCUGCUUGUGGUAAGUAAUAUUGUGCAACAACUACACCAUAAUACCAUGAUUUGACAAGCCAUUUUGAAGCCCAGUCAUAGACAGUAAUUUGACAACUCCCCAUGUCUACAAAUGUAAAAACUUACAAAGAUCAGAUGGAAACUCCACUAUUGCCUUGAAUCUUAUAUUGUUGGAUCAUUGUUCAAUGAGCUCCACUGCAAUGGUUAGGCCUAAACACAGGAUGUUGACAGUGAUGGUCCAGACUACAUUUCCCUAACAAUCAUUCACUUCCAAAUCUGGUUUCUAAGUUCCUCCAUGGUGAUAGUAUACAGUACACCAUCACCUGUCUCAGUCCACAGUUCAACACUUGGUUAAAAUGAAUCCAACUUUGACAUACCAGAGAACUCUUUACUAGCUACUAAUGGAUCAACACUUUGGUAGAUGGCAGCCUCACUCAGAUGUCCCUGCUAUUUGUUUGAUACUCCAGAUCUAGAGAUAUGGCUUCCAUCUUCUGCCCUCCUGGAGACUGGAAAGUAUCGUAGCCCACAUUUGAGUACCAAUCUAAACUAAUAGACUGUGUAACCUGGGUCCAUGUGUGGCAUCGGCCUGGUGGAUGGUUGGGCCCCACAGGGCCCUCUCCCUCAGGCCGUGCCCAGCCUUCCCCUAACCUCAAUGGGGUAGCCUUCUCCGGUCAGCAGCCUCCAGCUCCACGCUCGACAAGAAUCUCCUGGCUAGCCGGCGGCUGUCAUAGCUCAGCUCUGUGGUGUAGAUGGUGCGAGCGUGCUUGGGGUAGACAAUGGUGGUGCUCUGGAAAUGCUGGGCCCGCUGGCGAGGCUGGAGGUCUAGCUGGGUCUUGUAGUGUCUCCAGGUGCUGUGAGGGACAGCCAGGAACGUCUGGCUGCAGUUCUCCAGACCCAGGCCUCUGGGCUGCAUGGCCACGUCGUGGAUAAAGUGACGCUCUGAAUCAUAGUGGACAGACGAUGUGUAUCUAGGAAUGACAAUGUUUGGGCAAGUGUCAUUUCACUGCAUGUUCAGCUAGAUAUCGUUUUAGAACUGGAAUGCGGCAAGUUUUCAAGCACUGCAAGCCUCCAAGAAAUAGACACUUGGCCUACACAGGCUGACAGAAGUAAAAUAACUUUUUUUUAAAUGCAAGAUUUGAUCUGUGGUCCACCACAUUUCUUUUAAAAAAAAAAGGUAUUUAUACCAAUAGCGAGGCAGAUGCAGCACACAGUGCUAAGCCAAUUUCAAACCACACACAAACAUUCAUAGCCUACAUGCAGUCAUUUAAAACAGCAUACCGUAUUUCCUUGGACGGUAGUGGAUCAAGUUCUAUGCCCUCCCCGUAGGACAACGUGUGCAGCUGAGGAACAGAUCCAAUUGAUAAAAUAGGGACCUGCAAGCAGUCAGCACUCGCAUAAGGAGAACAUAUUUGGUGGAGGUGGCAAAUGUGAUUGGCUUAAACUCCUCACCCAAUUUACUAUUGACAUGACCCAGAUUCACUAUGGGCCAUGCAGGGAAACGUAUUCAGAGGCUAUUUCAGAAACAAUGUUUUAACAAUGCAACAACUUUGUCUUACAAUUUCAUAGCGGGAUUUUAUCAGUUACUGUAACAAUUGUAGUAAACCGUGCGACAGCCUACGUACCAAGGAUGACCCUGUCCUCUCUUCUUCAGACACCGGGCUUAUGGCACCUUUAUCCCCGCAAUCAGUCAGCAGCCAGUGGCUCGGACUGGGGCUGGGGGGUAGUCCGGAGUCCGGGCUGUCAAGUCCCCGCUCGGCUUUGCAACUCAUGUCCAAUGGCUCGUCGUCACAUACAUUCAGCAAGUUUAGUCUGCCCACCAUUGCUUUUAAAAAAAAAAGUCAAAAAAUUAAAUGACGAGCCCUACUGCGCGACGAGUUUGCAGAAUUGAUUUCCAAUUCGUAGAAGCGACUUCCCUUGAAUGCAAUUGAUCCUUCACGUUGGGUAACUUACCAAUGAUCAAGCACGUUCUUGCUUCAACUUCUCUUGCUUCGCAAUAGGCUACGGUCUAAACAAAUUGUACUGCAUGCUAUUUAAAUCUUCCAUAAGUCAAUGAACAUUUCUCCUCCCCAAUAUGUUUUUGCCCUUCCAAAUAAAGAGAUUCAACAUAAA